CAUUUUUCUAAUCCCGUGGAAACCGUGUUUCGAGUCUUUCUCAGCAACCCCCCCCCAAACACCAACUGCAAGCUAGAAAUUCAGUCACGCUUUAAAUUCCUAGCCCCAAUCAGAUCAGCGCUUCAAUCGCCCUUGUGCUCGUUAAUUAAUGGCUGCUUCUUCGUCUUCAUCAUUCGCGGGCAGUUUCAAGUACGACGUUUUUAUCAACUUCAGAGGCGAAGACACACGUAGGUGUUUCGUCUGCCAUCUCUACGAAGCUCUGAAACAGAAAGCACUCGACCCCUUCAUAGAUUCCGAAGAGCUUAGAAAAGGCGACGACCUUUCGGAGCUAUUCAAAGCCAUUCAAGUCUCGACGCUUUCGAUUGUAGUUUUCUCUAAAGACUACGCAUCUUCUAAAUGGUGCUUAAAAGAACUGGUCCAGAUCUUGGAGUGUAUGGAUAGGCGGAGCCAGAUUGUGGUGCCCAUUUUCUAUGAAGUAGAUCCCUCCCAUGUUCGCAACCUUAAGGAAAGUUUUGCACAAGCUUUUGCAAAACAUGAAAGCGGUUCCAAUGUCGACAAAGAAGAGUUGGAGAGCUGGAAGUCCAGUUUAAAGAGAGCCACCAAUUUAUCUGGCUGGGAUUCCAGAAAUUAUCGGGAUGAUACCCAGCUUAUCGGCAGCAUUGUAGAAGACAUUUUAAAGAAAUUGAUCCACAUCUCACCAAGUAAAACCGAUGGCUUGAUUGGAAUGGAUUCUCACAUGGAUAAAAUUGAUUCGCUAUUACAGCUGGGAGUGGAUGAUUUUCGCAUUGUUGGAAUCUGGGGUAUGGGUGGCAUCGGCAAGUCAACCAUAGCUAGAGCUGUUUUUGACAGAAUUGCUCAUCAAUUUGAACACAAGUGCUUUCUUGAUAAUGUGAAGGAGGGUUUCCUCACAAAGAAUGGUGCAGUACAAAAGGUUGAAGAAUUUCUAUCUGGAAUUCUGAAGGUAAACAAUCCACGCACUCUGGAUGGAGGCCUGAAUAUGAUGAGGGAAAGACUAGGUAACAAAAGAAUUCUUCUUGUUCUUGAUGACGUGGACAAUCUGGACCAAAUUGAAACCUUGAUUGGAGAGAAACCUACAUUUGGUAGGGGCAGCAGAAUUAUUAUAACUACUAGAGAUAAGAAGUUACUAGCAGCUGGAUCUUUGAUAUACGAGCCCAAGUUGUUCACUAAUGAAGAAGCUCUUGAACUCUUUAGCAAGUAUGCUUUCAGAACAAACAAACCCUCAGAGGGUUACGAUGCUAUCUCAAGCCGUGCAGCAAAAUACGCCUAUGGUCUUCCUUUGGCACUCAAAGUCUUGGGAGCUUUGCUUGUUAACAGAACUACUGUACAGGAGUGGGAAUAUGAGUUGGAGAAGAUAAAGAAAGUCCCAAUCACGUCUCUUGAUAAUAACAUUGGACGUGUGCUUUGGGCAAGCUAUAAUGGAUUGGAUGAAUAUCAGAAGAAAAUAUUUCUAGAUAUUGCAUGUUUCUUUAAGAGAAUGGACAAAGAUUUUGUAACAAAGUUUCAUGAAAGUUGUGGCUUUUUCCCCCAGAAUGGACUAAGAGUUUUGGAAGAAAGAUCUCUUGUAACUGUCUCACGGGAUGGUGAACUAGAGAUGCAUGAUUUGAUACAGGAAGUGGGUAGGGACAUCGUCCACCGACAAUCUACUGAAGAUCCGGGAAUGCGUAGUAGAUUAUGGAGUUCUGAAGAUGUUCUCCAAGUGUUAGCUCAAAAUACGGCUACGAAAGUUGAAGGCAUAAUUCUAGACUUGUCAAAGUUCAAAGAGGUAUACGUAAAUGAUGAAGUUUUUGUUAGCAUGAGGAGACUAAGGCUACUCCAGCUUUAUGAAUAUUAUUAUGAAGAUGAAUAUGAAUAUGAUUAUGGAAGUGCAUGGAAUGAUUAUGAUUAUGGAAGUGCAUGGAAUGAUUAUGAUUAUGGAAGUAAAUUGACGCGACCUGCAGAUUAUGAACCUUGUGUACAGUACGUGAGUGAGAACUUACAGUUUCUUUCUCAAGAGUUGAGAUUUCUUGUGUGGCAUGGAUGCCCACUAAAGUCUUUCCCAAUUAAUUUUCUACCAAAGAAUCUUAUUUAUGUUGACAUGCGCUAUAGUCGUAUUGAACAACUUUGGGAAGGAACCAGGCCUUUGCAAGACUUGGUACACAUCGAUUUAAGAUACUCAAAGUAUCUAAUCAAAACCCCCGAUUUCACUGGGGCAACAAAUCUUAAGAAAUUGAAGCUUAAAGGAUGUACAAGUUUAUUGGAGGUUCACCCAUCCAUUUCAGCCCUUAAAAGCGUCGUUGAGUUGGACCUACGAGGCUGCUCAAAUCUCAAGAAGUUUCCAAAUAUAUCCAGAAAUAUGAAGAAGCUAAGAGAUCUUUACAUAGGUGAGACUGCAAUUACAGAAAUGCCCUCGUCCAUUAAUGAUCUUUCCGGGCUGAAGACUUUGGGCCUCGCUGGUUGCAGAGAACUCAGGAGUCUUCCGAGCAGCAUUCACAUGAAAUCUCUGCAAUCUCUUAAUCUAUCUGGCUGCUCGAAACUUACGGAGUAAUGGAGAAUCUAUUUGCGCUUCUAUUAGACGGGACAGCAAUUAAAGAACUACCCUCAUCUAUUAAUAAUCUUACGGGGCUUUUUCGGCUAAGUAUGUGUAACUGCACAAGCCUUGUCUGUCUUCCGGACGAUAUCUGCAAUUUGGCACGCCUUUGUUAUCUCUGUCUGACUGGGUGCUCAAGCCUUGUCUGUCUUCCGGACAAUAUCUGCAAUUUGACAAGCCUUGAGUUUCUCAAUCUGACUGGGUGCUCAAGCCUUGUCCGUCUUCCGGACAAUAUCUGCAAUUUGGCACGCCUUCUUUAUCUCGAUCUGACUGGGUGCUCUAACCUUUCAAAGUUGCCUGAGUACUUUGGGAAUUUGAAAUCCUUGCGGCAAUUUAAAGUGGAGAGAAGUGGUAUAAAACAACUUCCAUUCUCUAUCUUGUGUAUGGAAUCAUUAUCAUGUAAUGGAUGUUGGUGAUCAAUACCAAUCUAUUUAUAGAUAUUGUGGAAA